AUGUAUUUCCUCUCGCGCUACAAAGACUACACGCCGCUAUGGUCGGACGUUGCGGCGCUGAAGCAGACCAGUCGCCAGAAUGUGGUCCGAAUAAUCGCGGCUUUGGUCCUUCUCGCUGCGUCGGCGGUGCUCAACGUGUAUUUCAUCUACAAGUUGUCACAUAGAUGGUUCACGACCCCUUUAGAUAACUAUCAGCAUUUAAAUGUACAUCCUAUAGUAAACGAAGCGUUCUACAGCUCGCUCGCAAAGCCGGCCGCAGACGAAACAGCUGUCGUGACAUGCAUGUACACCGACUCGUACGCGACCGCGAUCGCCAACCUCGGCCACUCACUCAGCCGCGUAAACAGCACGGCGCGGCGGAUCCUGUUCUACCUGCCGGAGCACAUCUCGGACGAGGCGCUGUGUAUCGCGUCGGCAACGGGCUUCACGCCGCACCCCGUGUCGCGGAUCGCGCCGCCGCACAACGGGGAGGGCACGCACGCGCGGUUCAUGGACGCGUACUCGAAGCUGAAUCUUUGGACGUUGGGCGACGAGGGCGUGCGGGCAGUGGUGCACCUGGACGCCGACACACUGGUGGUGCGCAAUUUUGACGAGCUGUUCGCGCUGCCGUUCAACUUUGGGGCGGUGCCGGACGUCUACGUUGGCUCACACGGGUUCGCGCUGGAGUUCAACACGGGCGUGAUCUUCGCACGGCCGUCGACGGAGGUGUUCCGGGACAUGAUGGCGAAGAUGCAGACGGCGUCGUACGACGGGAUCCAGGCGGACCAGGCGUUCUUGAACCAGUAUUACGCGGCAGAGGCGGUGCGGCUGCCCUACGUGUACAACGCAAACCUCGCCAUCAAGAAGCGCAAGCCGGGGAUGUGGGAGGACCUGCGGAACCGCACGCGUAUCGUGCACUACACGCUCGUCAAGCCAUUUCUUGCCGAGGAGGACAACUCGGGCAAGACGGUGCUGGACAUGCACAGUCUGGCGGAGAACGUGCGGCACCGGAUGGGCGAGUUUGACGGGGCAUUUGACGAGGAACUGCAGACGUGGCUCGAGGUCUGGAACGAGACGUAUCGGAUUUACAACGAUGCAUUAACGCAGUGCGGCUCCAUCAAGUCGCGCUCAUGA